AUGUUGUCUGUAUAAUCUAACAGGUGUGUGGAGAAAUGCGCUAUCAGUUGAAUCAAACCAAAAUGAAGAAGGAUGAGGCAGAAAAGGAGCUCAGAGAGUACAGAACAAAAACUAUAAGGCAGCUUGAAAUUAAGGACCAGAAAAUAGAAAAACUGGGAUUAGAGCUGAAUGGAAACAAGCAGCGUUUGGAACAAGCCCAGCAGGAUGUGGCAGGAGCCAGAGAGGACUGCCUAAAACUGACAGAACUGCUGAGUAAAUCUGAGCACCAACUGCACCUCACCAGAUUGGAGAAAGAGAGCAUUCAGCGCAGCAUUAGCAAUGAAGCAAAGGCCCGAGCCCUUCAGGCCCAGCGAAGAGAGCAGGAGCUGACACAGAAGAUGCAGCAAAUGGAGGCCCAGCAUGAGAAAACUGUAAAUGAAUUGGACUCAUUGCUGACCUCCCAGAAAACAUUCAUAGGAAAAUUAAAGAAAGAAUGUUGUUUGUUGGCAAGCAAGUUGGAACAAAUGUCAGAAAAAUACAGAUCUAAAGUCAACCAGCUUAGUCAGGAAAAAGAGUAUCUUCAUGGCAGAUUGGAGAAGAUGCAGAAACGGAAUGAUGAAUUGGACCAACAGUGUAUCCAGCAUGGGAGAAUGCAUGAGAGGAUGAAGUCAAGGUUGCACCAGCUGGACAAGCACUGCCAGACCACUGCCCAGCAGCUCGUAGAGCUCCUCAACAAACAGAAUCAGCUCUUCAAAGAGAAGCAGCUGCUGACAGAAGAAGUGCAGUUUCUGCGAACACAGGAAAAGAAAUGGGACGCAGAUCUCAAACAGGACACAGAUGGAAUCAAGUAAAAACCUGGAUGGAUGAAGAGAAAUGAGAACAAUUCUCCUCUGUACGCGCCUUAAACUUGGGCUUCUCUGAAGCUCACACAGAGAACCGUUUGCGGAGAAGCAGACGUGCUGCCUACUCUCACCUGCUUUGCAUUUGUUUUUAACACAUUGAAACGUUACUCCCCUACUGAACUUUCUAGGAAGACAUCUCAGGCUUGCCUAAGACACUGCAAUCCAAUGGCAACAGCUAUGAUGGAGCAUGUACUGGAUUCAUUAUUUCUACAAUUUUUAUAAAAUGUUUUUUAUCUAUUUUUGUAAUACAGGUGUCUGUCUUAUUUACCGAUGGCAGUCCCAAUAAACUUAGUUUACUAA